ACGCACGGACAAGCAGAUGCUCCUUGGCCGGCUAUCCACUCUUCUGUGCCUGCUUAGCGGGGCCCUGCCUACAGGCUCAGGGAGGCCUGAACCCCAGUCUCCCCGACCUCAGUCCUGGGCUGCAGCCAAUCAGACCUGGGCUCUGGGCCCAGGGGCCCCGCCCCCACUGGUGCCAGCUCCUGCCCUUGGAAGCUGGAAGGCCUUCUUGGGCCUGCAGAAAGCCAGGCAGCUGGGGAUGGGCAGCCUGCAGCGUGGGCAAGACGAGGUGGCUGCUGUGACUCUGCCGCUGAACCCUCAGGAAGUGAUCCAGGGGAUGUGUAAGGCUGUGCCCUUCGUUCAGGUGUUCUCCCGGCCUGGCUGCUCAGCCACACGCCUCCGAAAUCAUCUGUGCUUUGGUCGUUGCUCCUCUCUCUACAUCCCUGGCUCGGACCCCACCCCAUUAGUCCUGUGCAACAGCUGUAUGCCUGCUCGCAAGCGUUGGGCACCCGUGGUCCUGUGGUGUCACACUGGCAGCUCAGCCUCCCAUCGACGGGUGAAGAUAUCCACCAUGCUGAUCGAGGAGUGUCAUUGCAGCCUGAAAGCAUGAACUGGGCAUGUGGAUGGGUGCACGGAGACACGCACCUUGGAGAGAUGAGGGGAGAUGGACCAAGAAAGACGUGGACCUGGAUGAUGUACUCUGGGUCAAGAGACCAGGGAUGCAGGGUUAGGCAGACAGGUCCCCAGAGUCCUCACCCUGCUCCCCAGACACUAGACACAGUGCCCAUCCUGGAGUUGCACCACUGAUAGUCACAGCACACAAUGACUGACAACUCU